CGGCUAAGCGCCGACUACGUGUCUGCCAUGCGGUCCACUCCCUGAUGUGUCUCUGUUCAACCUCACCUAUCAGCGAUUGCGCAGGGACAGGCACACGGCGAUCUUCCAAUCUGAUAUGCCCAAAGUGCGGGGGUGUCUAUUGGCUUUCCAGAUACUGCGGACCUGACCUUUUUGUUCUUUGUUAGUCACCACGGCAUCGCAUCGGCUUCAACACUUCGCCCGUUGGCAGUAUGCCGAUGCCCUAUUCUUUUUUGCCUGAGUGCUGUUUGUACCUUUCGCAUGGCAUUUACCGUGACUGGCUGCCUGUCUCCGGUCAAAGCGAGUGCUGCCCGGCUGCUUGCAUAAAUAUAAGACGUGGGUUUUCUGGCGUGUGGUAGGAGCCACAACCCUCAUUCUCGUAUUUCUUUGUUCUAUCGUAAUAAAUUAUUUCCACUUUAUAUACCCCAACAAAGAGCGCAUCUAUUAUUAUCGCAAUGUCAGGCCGAACCAUCAACCUCCUAAGCCUCGACGGCGGUGGCGUACGCGGCCUCUCCUCCCUCAUCAUCCUCAAAGAAAUAAUGGAAUCCAUCGAUCGCGAAACCCCCCCAAAACCAUGCGACUACUUCGACUUGAUAGGAGGUAGCGGAUCGGGUGGCUUGAUAGCCAUCAUGCUUGGGCGUCUGGAGAUGGAUAUUGAGGACUGUAUCCACGCGUAUAAAGUGCUGUCGAAGAAUGUGUUUUCGCAGAAGAGGCUGUUGCCGAUCGGGAGUAAUUUGCGGAGUCGGGCGAGGUUUGAUAUUAAGAAGGUGGAGGGGGCGUUGAGGAAGAUCUUGAGGGAGUUGAGCUAUGAGAAGGAUGCUUUGUUGAGGGAUGAGGAUAUGAGUUGCAAAGUAUUCGUCUGCGCUACUGAUGAUUCGAACCGGAAAUUAGUCCAUAUGACGAGUUACGCGAGCAAAUAUAGCUCUACGGAGCUUUUUAAGACGGCCAGGAUCUACGAGGCCGGUGCGGCCUGUUUUGCUCACUCGUCGCUUUUUGAUUCCGUGAGGAUUGGCCCAAGUGGUCGACGGUUUCAUGACAGUUCUCUGGAGGCCAGCAAUCCGAUGAGGGAAGUAUGGAUUGAAGCUAGAGGUGUGUGGCCGUCUGGAUCCUUGGAAAAUCAGUUGAAAUGCAUGGUUUCGAUUGGAACUGGGGAGCCGUCGAUCAAGAGGUCUCGCAGACGGUUGUUUGGUCUGGUCAAAUCGUCGGAAGUUGACAUUGUCGAUCCAGAAAUUGAUACGAAUAGGUUUAUUCAGGAACAUACCGAGCUGGAUGAUGAGAACCGGUUGUUCCGGUUUGAUGUUCCUAAUGGACUGGCGGAUAUUGACCUGGAUAAUGUUGAUGAGAUCGAGACUAUCGUUGAUGCUACGCAAGAUUAUCUCGAGAAGGAGCUUGUAUAUAAGCAGAUACGGAGGUGUGGGAAGGCACUUGGAUGAGUAUGAAGUUGCUUGGUGAAUAAAGGACUAUGGGCUUGGUUGGGUGGCUUUCCAUGUUUAUGAUUCUUACACAUUACGGCAGGCUCUGUGAAGAUUUUGGUGGCGGCGAUUGUCUUUUGAUGUUUGCAUAUAAUACUGAUAUCGUCUACUUGAUUCAUCAUAGAAUUCUUGUGGUAUGUUCGAAAUGAGAUACCUUCAUAAGGCUCUGGAUCAUGGGGGGAUGUCUGUCGGACACGAAAUGAAAAGAAGAAGAGCGAGCAUUUGGAUACCAACGCAGUCUGUGACAGACCUAUCUGAGGAUAUGAUCGAACCAGAUCCAAACGAGAUGCCUAAACUACUUCAAGUAGAAGGCCAUAUCAGCGUUCGG